CAGUUUCUCGUGCAACACUCGUGCAGUACGAGUUUUGCCAAUCGAAAACGCUAAUAGUUUUAUACUUAGAUCAUGUUGUUUUUAUGAUCUAAGGUUUUAUACAAUGGUGUAGUUAAUUAAUCAUGCCUCAGGGUAAAUCUGUGCAAGUAAUUAUUUGGUUGUAUUUAAUAUUUAGGUCGCUUUGGAUAUGCAAAAACAAUAUCAAAAUCUACAAUAAAUGCGCCUGCCUGUAUUGCCAGUGAACCUUCGUCUAUUGUUAUUUUUUAAUCAGAGAAGUGAACACAGUUACUCUUCUGUAAAUGCUCGUCCACUGUAGUUUAGUUAUCUGGCAACCACAGAAUAAUACUGGCAACGUUGGACUGGACGGCUGGAGUAGGUAUCUGAAUCUGUUACGUGCCCUUUAAUGUUUAAAGAACAUGUAAAUCUAUAAAUUUGGAAUGGAUGGAGAUGAUGAUACACCACUUGUCAAAACCGAACCAAAACAGGAAGAAGAAAUCCAUUGCUCUCUUGAGGGAAACGUUUUGGUGAGUAAUGAAGCUGUGGUUACAAUAAAAGAUGAAAUUACUAAUCGCGCGCAGUGCUCUAAAUCUCUCUAUAAUGAAGAACUACACCAACAUUCCGACUUUCAACAUCACCUUUUAGCUCAGUGUAACACAGUGUCUAAAGAUUUUAAAUGUGUUGAUUGUGAUUAUGAGACAAAUCAUAAACGCAACUUCACACGACAUCUUUUAAAACAUAAAGUUUCAAAGGAUUUUAAUUGUGCCGAUUGUGAUUAUGGGACAAAUGAUAAACCUAACUUGAAACAACAUCUUUUGAAACACAAAGUUUCGAAGGAUUUUAAAUGCGCUGAUUGUGAUUACGGGACAAAUAAUAAUCGCAACUUCAAACAACAUCUUUUGAAACAUAAAGUUUCGAAGGAUCUCAGAUGUGCUACUUGUGAUUAUGGGACUAAUAAUAAACGCAACUUCAAACAACAUCUUUUAAAACAUAACGAUAGGAAGGAAUUUAAAUGUGGCGCUUGUAAUUAUGGGACAAAUAAUAAACACCUCUUCAAACAACAUCUUUUAAAACAUACAGGUUCUAAGGCUUGGAAAUGUGGUAAUUGUGAUUAUGAGACAAACAACAAGUAUUACUUUAACCAACACCUUUUAGAUCACAACAUUUCUAAAGAGUUUAAAUGUGCUAAUUGUAAUUAUGAGACAAACAAUAAAUAUAUCUUUAACCAACAUCUUUUAAAACAUAAAGUUUCGAAAGAUUUUAAAUGUGCUGUUUGUAAUUAUGGGACAAAUUAUAAAUGCAACUUCAAACAACAUCUCUUAAAACACAAAGUUUGUCACGAUUUUAAAUGUGCUGACUGUGAUUACGGCACAAAUGAUAAGCCUAACUUUAUACAACAUCUUUUAAAACAUAAAGUUUGGAAGGAAUUUAAGUGUGCCCAGUGUGAUUAUGGGUCAAAUGAUAAAUACAACUUCAGACGACACCUUUUAACACACAAGGUGUCUCAGGAUUUUAAAUGUACUGAUUGUGAUUAUAAGACAAACAAUAAAUAUAACUUUAACCAACAUCUUUUAAAACAUAAAGUGUCUAAGGAUUUUAAAUGUGCUAAUUGUGAUUAUGGGACAAAUCAUAAACGCAACAUCAAGCGACAUCUUUUAAAUCAUAAAGUUUCUAAGGAUUUCAAAUGUGCUGAUUGUGAUUUUGGCACUAAUAAUAAAUACUACUUCAGAAAUCACCGCUUGAAACAUAUCUAAAAAUUCAAAUAUCUAAUUAUGCGAUUUAGACAAAUAAAAAUUAUUUUUUUA